AGCUGGAUGAACGCGCGACUGCGCAGUAGUAGCAGUCUUUACAGGGAAAGUCCGGUGAUCUUUUAGUGCGAAUGUUUCUUUAAAAAAGCGGGAUUAUGCGCCUCUUUCACACAAGUUUCUACUUCAGGUGUUUUAGUUUCUUCUUUUCCAAUUCGUAUGUUCUCCUAAGAGUGUAAACUACGGAUAAAUUGGAUAAAGAUAUUUAAAACACCUAUUUGGGGAGUUUUUCCGCUUUAAGUGCCGUGUUGAGUCACCUGGACGGACAGGAGCGUGUGGGCUGAAGCGCCGUGACCCGCACCAGACUGCGGCUUUCCAGUUGGACGGACGAGCCUCCGGUGCCAACGCCUUUCCCCCCUCUCUGCGCUUCUCCUCGGCUGGGAAACUUCAGCUCGCACCGUGCCAGAGGCUGUUUGACGGCGCUUCCCGUCAACCCAUGAGCUACUGAAACCACAAUCCGACUCUGAAGAAGUUGUUACAGUGAAAAUGGGCUGCACGAUCAGCGCCGAGGACAAAGCUGCGGUGGAGAGGAGUAAAAUGAUUGAUAAAAACCUGCGGGAGGACCGAGAGAAGUCCUCCAGGGAGGUGAAGCUGCUGCUGCUCGGUGCCGGGGAAUCUGGGAAAAGCACAAUAGUAAAGCAGAUGAAAAUCAUUCAUGAGGACGGCUACUCAGAAGAGGAGUGCAAGCAGUACAAAGUGGUGGUGUACAGUAACACCAUCCAGUCCAUCAUGGCCAUCAUCAGGGCAAUGGGCCGGUUAAAGAUAGAUUUUGGGGAUGCUGCACGGGCGGACGACGCCCGACAGCUGUUCGCCCUGGCCAGCUCGGCGGAGGAAGGCGUGAUGUCGGCGGAGCUGACCGCCGUGAUUCAGAGGCUGUGGAUCGAUGGCGGCGUUCAGACCUGCUUCGAUCGAUCACGAGAGUAUCAGCUGAACGACUCCGCUGCAUACUACCUGAAUGACCUGGACCGGAUCUGUGAGCCGGGCUACAUCCCGACUCAGCAGGACGUGCUGCGUACGCGGGUGAAGACCACCGGCAUCGUGGAGACUCACUUCACCUUCAAAGAUCUCUACUUCAAGAUGUUUGAUGUCGGGGGUCAGCGCUCAGAGAGGAAGAAGUGGAUCCAUUGUUUUGAGGGAGUCACGAGUAUCAUUUUCUGUGUAGCGCUCAGUGACUACGACCUCGUCCUGGCUGAGGAUGAGGAGAUGAACCGCAUGCACGAGAGCAUGAAGCUUUUCGACUCCAUCUGCAACAACAAGUGGUUCACGCUCACCUCCAUCAUCCUCUUCCUCAACAAGAAGGACCUGUUUGAGGAGAAGAUCAGCAGGAGUCCGCUCACCAUCUGCUACCCCGAAUACUCUGGUGGGCACUCAUAUGAGGAGGCUGCAGCUUAUAUCCAGUGCCAGUUUGAAGACUUAAAUAAACGAAAGGACACCAAGGAGAUCUACACCCACUUCACUUGUGCCACAGACACCAAGAAUGUGCAGUUUGUGUUCGAUGCCGUCACCGACGUCAUCAUCAAGAUCAACCUGAGGGAGAUCGGACUCUACUAAAGCUUCAGGCCCUGCAGGUGUCCGGGGGGGAAUCAGGACUUCUGGGCUGGUAUGUCUUAUCUGCAGAGGACGAAUUGGAAAGUAGGUGUUACUAAGGACUGAGCUCGUGGCCGUGCUGCAUGCAGGACCUAAAUUCAACGAUUUGGGGACUUGACACUAUGAUCACUUUUGUCUUAACAGAUUUUACGAUUCAGAGCAUACUGGGAGGAAGUGAUAAGUUGGGGGGUGGGGGGACGUUUUGUGAAAUGAUCACUGUGAGUUCUGUGGAGUCCAAUCAUAUUUAAGACCUUUCCAUCACUCAGGGGCUGGCAGGUAAAGCCCCUCUGAUGUCUCUGACACAUUCAUAGUUUGUCAUGUGCACAUGGACCAAAACAGACAAACAUUACUGCAUUCACCGUUUCACGGCUGACAUGUAAAGUCUGUUCACUUUUCUUUAUGUUGCAUCUUGUCUUAGCUUAAGUCAGAAUCACAUCGCUUUUACUGAAUAUUUGCAUUUGUUAUACUUUGAGUUGCAAUUAUAUAGCAUUUCCACUUUUGAAUGCGUGAAUGCCAUAACUUAUGUAUGGAGAAGUGUUUUGCGUGAGCAGUUUUAAUGUAUAUAACGUAACAUUUUGGGUCUGCAAUUAGUUAGCGAGAGUCUAAUGAGCUCAGUAGCAACACGGCUGUCUACACACUUAUUUUAAUUAUUAACUCAACAUAGUAUUGAACAAUAUUUUUAUACAUGAGACACAUCACUGCAUCAAUUUGUGGAGGGAGAGCUUGAUUUCCCUCUGGGUUUUUUUCCAUAGGAGUUUGAAUAUAACUAAUAUUCACUCAGUGGUGGUCAAUAUAGAAUUUCCUGUUUUUUCAAGGUCAUUUCUUAAUCCUAUGGAUAUCAGUGAAGAUAUAUAAACGCAUUAAACAUAAUAUGGGGGAAGUCUGUUGCUGUAAUAUACUGUAGUGGAGUACAUUUACGCUUAGAUCAGUCAUUUCCUGGUAGAAAACAUUAACAUUUUUCAUGUCUGCCUCUCUUUACAUUUCUGUAGUUGUAUUGGUUCACUGUAACAUCAUUAAAUGAUGGCACAAC